AUGAAUGGUGAAGCAUUCGAAAACUGGUUUUUAGGCAUUUUACCACGUCUUAAAGACAAUUCUGUGGUGGUCCUGGAUAAUGCUCCGUAUCAUUCUCGGAAAUUAGAAAAAAUUUCAAAUUCAUCUUUUAAGAAAUCAGAGAUACAGGACUGGCUACGUGCAAAAAAUAUGCCUUUUGAUACGUUUAUGUUGAAAUUACAACUUCAAGACCUUGUGAAACAACACAGAGCAAAAUAUGAUAAAUAUAUAGUGGACGAGAUGGCAAAAGCGCACAAUAAAAUGGUACUUCGUUUGCCUCCUUACCACUGUGAGCUCAACCCCAUUGAGCUCAUAUGGGCAGAUAUAAAGAAUUUUGUUGCUGAACACAACACAACAUUCAAGCUUUCCGACAUGAAAGAGCUGUUCAAUCUUGCGUUGCAGAGAGUCACACCAGAAAAAUGGUUAAAAUGUGUGAAGCAUGUUCAGGAGAAAGUGGAGGUUGCAAUGUGGGAGCUAGACAACAUAAUUGAAAGGUAUAUUGAACCGCUAAUUUCAACAUCUAUGAUGACAGCUCUUCUAGUAAAAAAUAUUGAUGUUGUCAAACACAUAUGUAUAAUUACUUUUUGUGCCCCCUUAACUUUCAAUCACCUCUAUUGA